AUGAGCCAUCCAGACAUCUGCCCCCUCUCCGGCCGAGACGGCUCCGAGCGCUGGGAACUUCGCACUUCAGGCCUGGGAUGUAACGUCUCCACACGCAACUUCCUCUCCGUUGUCGCUACUGUCUUCAUCACUAUCGUGGCUCUUGUCCUUAUGUGGGGGUUCUGGAAGAUCCUUGUAGAAAUAUCGGCAGCGUGGAAGGGGGUGAGAGGCGGUUGGGAAGUGAAAGAGUAUGAGGAUGCUGAAGGGUUGCGAAAGAGGCGAGGAGGCGUGUGGGUCGAAAACAGGAAAGAGGAGAUGUAG